GAAAUAAAAAGUAGCCCUUCGUCCUGCUUUGUGGCAAUUCAUAAGUAGUACUUUCAUAUAUUCAAACAUUCAAAUACUUGUUUACUUCUUUCUACCUACACUUUAAUACCUUUUGCUGGUAUCACAUCGCAUUGAAUCAACUUAGUCAUACUCCAAUUACAUACUUGAUGACUACAAUGUAUGUAUCAAGGGUAUCUACAAGACCCCUCUCAAAUCAAUCAGCAGCUCAGCUAUCAAAAGCUGUAGCUUUCUUUGCUCAAUCAUAUGGGUUGUCGAACGCAUGUACUGCACAUGUACCAUCAAGAAGAGCAUUCACAUCUGCUUCGAAAAUCCAAGUAAUGGGAAGAGAUCUCUUUCCAGAACCUGAACAUGGACAAAUUAAGAGAACGGAACCUGCCUGGCCCCAUCCACCCUAUACCGCCGAACAAAUGCGUAGUAAGGUCUACUUUGCACAUCGCAAACCUCGAGAUUUCUCCGAUCGUGUCGCAUUGGGAAUGGUCCGUUUCCUGAGAUGGUGUACGGAUUUUGCAACGGGAUAUAAACAUAAUGUUGAAGAACCCAAGAAAGCAUCCGAUAGUAAUGCACUUACGGCUACAAAACCAUAUCAGAUGAGUGAGCGGAAGUGGCUGAUUCGUUAUGUGUUUUUGGAAUCGGUGGCAGGAGUGCCCGGAAUGGUGGCAGGUAUGUUGAGACAUUUGAGGAGUCUGAGGGGGUUGAAGAGAGAUAAUGGUUGGAUUGAAACGUUGCUUGAAGAAGCAUACAAUGAACGCAUGCACCUUCUUACCUUCCUUAAGAUGUACGAACCCGGCAUCUUCAUGCGCACCAUGAUUCUUGGCGCCCAAGGCGUCUUCUUCAAUUCCUUCUUCCUCUGCUACCUCUUUUCCCCCCGCACCUGUCAUCGCUUCGUCGGCUAUCUCGAAGAAGAAGCAGUCCUCACUUAUACCCUCUCCAUCCAAGAUCUCGAAAAUGGCCAUCUUCCAAAGUGGGCGGAUCCAAAUUUCAAAGCCCCGGAUUUGGCGGUCGAGUAUUGGGGUAUGCCGGAGGGAAAUCGAAGCAUGAGAGACUUACUGUAUUAUAUUCGAGCGGAUGAGGCGAAGCAUAGGGAAGUUAAUCACACGUUGGGAAACUUGAAGCAGGAUGAGGAUCCGAAUCCGUUUGUGAGUGUGUAUGGGAAGGAGAGAGAAGAAAAACCCGGAAAGGGAAUUGAGAGUCUGAAGCCUUUGGGAUGGGAGAGGGAAGAGGUUAUUUAGGGGGUAGAUUGAGGAUGUGAUUUUGUGAUUGGGUUGGGUUUUGAGUUUAUGGAAAACGGCGUUUUAAAGGAAUGCGAAAAGAAAGGAAGAUACCACUCUACUCUGUACAUACUUGGGGGAGUACCAUGGGCGUUUUUGUGCAUACUUCAUAGACAGGCAUGGGAAAUAGAGAUAGAUGCAUUGUGUGGAAGAAUCUUUGAUUCACACUUUACUUGAUUACAUUAGAUCAUCAAUCGCAAAAUUGAAAAUUAAUUUACAUCGCAU